UCCCCUGCGGCUGAAUCAACAGGCACCUGCGACCGCGGAUAUACACUGAGCGCCGACGAAGAAGAAGAAGAAGGAGAAGAAGAAGAAGUAGAAGGAGAAGUCGUCUGCAGAUUUAUUUUAGGCACUGAAGAAACCCUCUCUUUUUUUCAGUGUUGUUGUUGUUGAUGAUGUUCUGUCUGGAUUUAUCAACGCACGGGUCGUGGCUCUGCUAAGUCGUUCGUCGGUGCCGACGGUUGCGCGGUAGAUCUCCACGAGUAUGAAUUCAUACCCGGGCAACUUGCAAAACAACGGUGCCAACACGAUGCAGAAGCAGGUGGAGGUGAGGAUGGACGAGAGCCACAUGGAGCCCAUCGUGGACAACACCGAGAGCUUCUGCAGCAGCUUCUGCGACAAAGUCAUGAAGAACAUGGUUCUCACGCUCACGAUCCUCGGUGUGUUUCUGGGUUCCAUCGCGGGAAUGCUGCUGCGGCACAUAUCCCCCCUCCCCGCCGACGUUGUCAUGAUCAUCGCCUUCCCGGGGGAGAUCCUAAUGAGGAUGCUGAAGAUGCUGAUCCUGCCUCUCGUUGUUUCCAGUCUGGUCACAGGAUUGGCCGGUUUGGAUGCCAAGUCCAGUGGCCGUCUGGGCACCAGGGCCAUGGUGUACUACAUGUCGACGACGGUGAUCGCCGCCGUGCUGGGAGUCAUCCUGGUGCUGCUCAUCCACCCCGGCAACCCCAAGCUCAGGGCGAACCUCGGGCAGGGGAAGAAGAACGACGAGGUCUCCAGCAUUGACGCCUUCUUCGACCUCAUCCGAAACCUCUUCCCCGAGAACCUGGUGCAGGCCUGCUUUCAGCAGAUCCAAACGGUAACCACCAAAGUACCCGUGCCCACGAACAGGACCAAGGCUCCCCCACAAUUCACAGUGAAAAGGGCGCUUCAGUUCAAGAGUGGGAUGAACGUCCUGGGUCUGAUCGGAUUCUUCGUGGCUUUUGGAGUCAUCAUGGGGAAAAUGGGGGAAAAGGCCAAGCUGAUGUUGGACUUUUUCAAUGUCCUGAAUGAGAUCAUCAUGAAGCUCGUCGGCGCCAUUAUGUGGUACUCCCCUUUCGGCAUCGCCUGCCUCAUCUGCGGGAAGAUCAUCUCCAUCGCCGAUCUGGAGGUGGUGGCGCGGCAGCUGGGGAUGUACAUGGUCACCGUGAUCGUGGGCCUCAUCAUCCACGGCGGCAUAUUCCUGCCGCUGAUAUAUUUUGUGAUAGUGAAAGAAAAUCCCUUCAAGUUCUUCAUGGGCAUAUUCCAGGCCUGGGUGACGGCACUCGGAACGGCGUCCAGUGCCGGCACCCUGCCCGUCACGUUCCGUUGCCUGGAGGACAACCUGGGCAUCGACAAGAGGGUGACGCGAUUCGUCCUGCCCGUGGGCGCCACCAUCAACAUGGACGGCACGGCGCUCUACGAGGCGGUGGCGGCCAUCUUCAUCGCGCAGAUGAACGCCAUCGACCUCGACUGGGGGCAGAUUAUCACCGUCAGUAUGACAGCCACCCUGGCAAGUGUCGGAGCUGCCAGUAUCCCCAGCGCCGGACUCGUGACCAUGCUUCUGAUCCUCACGGCGGUGGGCCUGCCCACGCAGGACAUCAGCCUCCUGGUCGCCGUCGACUGGCUGCUGGAUCGUUUCCGCACCUCGGUCAACGUGGUCGGGGACUCCUACGGGGCGGGAAUCGUCUACUACCUGUCCAAAGAUGAGCUGGACUCGUUCGACGCGCAGCAGUCCCGGCUGGAUGACUUUGAGAUGGCGAAGACGCAAUCCUUCUACGAUAAUAACACCAACCAGAACGUGUACACUCACCACAACUCAAUCUUGAUAGACGACUGCAAGGUCGCCAUGGGGAAAAAUGGCAGGACUCCAGAUUUCUCUCUUGUUGAGGAGGAACCAUGGAAAUGCGCGUAGAGCAGAUGCAGACGCUGCUGCGCCCUUACCCCCGGGUUCCACCGUCUUUUGCUUUUUUUCCUGCUGACACAACUUUAAAAACAAAAACAAAAAAAACGACCCCCAAAAAAAGAAUCAUAUUCUGUAGGAAAAACAAAUUCAGUUAACAGAGUCAACAAUCCUGCAAGAACAAACAGUCGGCCUGUCGAUUUUAUUUUUAUUUUUUUUGUCAGUUACCAAUCUGGGUAUCUACAAGAGCAAACCACAGGUCGGCUCUCCAAACUGUAUUAGAGCUCGCGUUUUGCACCAGCCGGACACAAGCUGCGAACGAACCGGUGCAUGCAUCACACCCACUCCGCUCCGAAGAAUCGAACCCCCUCGGUGGACGACACCCAGGGCCCCUCACUUGGUGCUGCUUCCGGAGCGUGGAAUGGAUUUGGACAGUGCUUCAUGAGGCGUUGUGAUGCGAGUGCAAGGGGGUUAAACACCGCAUUACCUCGGGACCGUUUGACUUAUGAGCUUACCGCCCUGAUGCCGCACACACGGUCAAGGCCUAAGAAGCACAGCUUAGGACUUUAGACCCUAAAAGAGGAGGAGGAGGGCGUGGCCUCUUAAUGUGGUGACAAACAAAGUACAGGCUGUGUUGUUGCGGGACGCUGUGAAACCAGAAGACAGGAAAUACGUCAAGGGUGCCCUCCCUGUUAUUUAUUUAUUUGUUUUAUUUUUUUGUAUAUGUGUUGUUUAUGAGUGACGCACUGCGACGCACUGUAAAAAAAAAAACCCUGGGAUUUUAGUGUUUCUGAGAGAAGAGUAACAAGGCGGGAAAGUU